AUGGCGGCGGAUGAUCCCCUCUGCUGGGAACCCCUGGUGUCGGUCGAGUUCGAGGUGUUCGGGAAAGUGCAAGGUGUGUACUUUCCAAAAUACGUGAGAGAUAUAUGUCUGCAACUGGGAAUUUGCGGUUGGGUGAAAAACAGUAAAACCGGCACGAUCCUCGGAAAAAUGCAAGGACCUCGGGCGCUUGUCCAUCAGAUGUCACAGUGGUUAACUUCGGUGGGAAGUCCGGGUAGCGAGAUACAUCACUGCGAAUUUACGAAUUGGGAGAACGUCACAAAGCAGCAGUAUCAAGGCUUCGCGAUCCGCUUCUGA